AUGCUGGAGCCUUGGGAGCGGAAACUUUUUACAAGUGCUGCUAUUCUUUCAGUGUCUAUUGUUGUGGCUUUCGUUAUAUACGUCGGGAAAUCGCUACCGUUUGAAAUAACCAUGUCGGACGACAAAGUUACGAUUCUAUUGCAUGCUGUUGGCGAUGCUCCGAUUCUGAAGAAGAAGAAAUUUGCUGUUGAUGCAAGUAGGACAGUUGCCUGGUUAACUCAAGUGAUUAAAAAAAUGAUUGACCUGCCAAAUAAUCAAAGUCUUCAUGUCUAUAUAUCGCAAACAUUUGCUCCAUCGCCUGAUCAUUCCUUUGGUUCUCUUCGUGAUUGUUAUGCUGUUAAGACUGACGGCCAAGAACCCCUCUUAGUGAUGCAGUAUAGUACAACAUAUGCAUGGGGAUGA